AGCCAUUUUGCCCCGAGCCUCCCGAGGUCGUCUACAGUGGAGACCCAUGUUUCUUGUGGAUUGGCCUCCGCUGUACCCGCGCUUUGUCCGCAGUCGCCCCGCAGGGACCCUAUAGGCGGAGCGAUGGCGCCCGUGAAGUUCGACGACAUCUCGAAGACCGCGGCCUCGGUCCUGAGCGACGACUACCAGGAGAAGGGCUUCCAGUUCAAGACCAAGCAGAAGACCAGCUGGGACGGCGCCGUGCUGUCAUCGCAGGUUGACCUCUUCGACGCCAAGGACGGCGUCCAGACGCCCGCGAAGCUCACCUGGAAGCUCCCGGCGCCUCUCGGCAAGACUUUCGUCAGCAUCGACAAGCUCGAGUUCGACAAGGCCGGCAAGAUGAAGAUGGAGUGCUCCUCCGACAAGGUGCACAAGGACCUCAAGCUGGAGCUCAAGUCGGACCUCGUGGAUCUCGCCAAGGUCACCGCCCAUUGCACCUACACGGGUGUCAAGGACCUGCAGUUGAAGCUCGACACGUCCCCCAUGAACCCCAAUAAGUUCACCGCGGAGGCGACGUACGCCUACGGGAUCUACACCGUGGGCGCCAAGUGCACCGCCGAUACGCUGACUGCCCCCGACCUGGGCGUGCGCGUCCUGACGGGACCUUACUUCGGCUCCCUCCUCGUCAAGGAAAAGCUCGGGGCUUAUUCGGCGCAUGGUUUCUAUAAGGCCAGCGACAAGCUGAAGUGCGCGGCGACUUACACCCACGGGGGCAAGACAAGCGGAAACUUCAGCCUGGGGCUCUUCUACGAGCUGAUGAAAGGCACCACCGUGAAGGCCAAGGUGGCCCAGGACCAAUCCAUCUCGUGCUCUGUGAAGCACGAGAUCUCGAAGGGGUUCACCAUGAUCGGCGGCGGGAAAUACGACACCAAGAAGGGCGUCUACACCUAUGGCCUUCAGCUCAGCGUCGAGUGAGCGGCCGCCAAGCCCACGCUGCAGCUAGACAGGCGACUCUCUCCUGCGCUUUCCCUUUCUCAUUCUCCUCCUGGA